GGGGGAGCGGGGACAAUCAAAACAGUUUGGAAUGCACUCAAGAACAACACUCCUUGCGUUGUGAUAAAUGGAACUGGACGGGCGGCUGAUCUUUUGGCUUUUGCGGUUAAAAUGAAAGAAAAGUACCCAAAUGACGAUAAAAAAGUGGAGAAAAAGGUGCAAAAAAGAGCGAAGGAAGAACUAAACCUGAAAAAAGCUGAAUUAGAAUACACUGUAAAACAUCUGAUAGAAUGUGUGAAGGAUGAUGCGAGGGAUAAAAUCCGUGUUUUUGAUUUCGAGAUCGACAAUUCAGCAGGCGACCUUGACAAGGCCAUUUUGCAAACUCUGCUAGAAUUGGGGAAGUUGACAGUUCGAAUACAGCUUGAACUUUCUGUUCUUUGGAAUCGAAACGACAUUGCGUAUCAAAUUUUGUCAAAAAAUGACAAAGGAGCGUUCAAAGAUAUUGAAGAGUUUCUCACGAAGUCUUUGGUUGAUAAUAAGUUGGAUUUUAUUAAAGUUUUUGUCGAAAAGAUCAACCUUAACAGCUAUUUAACAAAAAGGAAACUGGAAAUACUCUACAACGAAACUUUGAACCAUUCGACAAAUAAGUUCUUGUCAGAAUCCUUGAAGAAAAGAGAAAACAACAAAACUUGUCCUCUCACGACAACUUUAGAUGAAAUUCGAAGAGCUUUUUUGCUGGCUUAUAACAUCAAAUAUAAUCCUCAGUUUGCGAAUGAAAAAACAGACCAGCCGUCAGAUACAGACACAUUCAAGCAUCCAGAAAUUGAGCUUUUUGUUUAUUCACUGUUGUUUGUUAGACUCGAAACGAGUGAGUUUUUCUGGAACGCUAUCUCGUCCAAAGCGUCUUCGGCUUUGUUUGCCGUUUUGGUUUUGAAAGCAAUUUUGAACUAUUCUGGCACCCGUUUGGAUAUGAAAUUGCAGCUCAAAAUUCAAGCAAUGCUCAAAAUUUUCGAGGGCAGGGCAACGGGCAUCGUGAAUUACUGCAAUGAUAUCAGCACGGAAACUUGUCACAAAAUUUUGAAAGCAGAGCAUCCAACUUGGGGAGAAAAAGCGUGUCUAGACUUAGCUGUUCAAGCUGAUUGCAAAGAUUUCAUUGCACAGAGUGGCUGUCAAACUUUGGUCCGAGAAGUUUGGUUGGGAGAGCUGAGCGAUAGAAAUGCACCGUGGAAAGUUUCUCUGGCAGCUGCAAUUCCUUUGUUAGUCCCUCUACUAUUAGAGUUCAAAAAUGAUGCCUCGAAUGAGCGGGACGCAGAUACUGAAUCAAAACCGCCCAAAACCCCGGACGUGGUUUCCAUCUGCGACAAAUACUUCUUCUUUUAUACUGCCCCUGUUGUGACUUACUGGCUCAAUUUCUUCGCAACUCUGUGGUUUCUGGCGCUGUUCAGUAGUGUCACUAUCAAAGGUCUGAAAGCAAAGCCUAGAUGGGAUGAGUAUCUUGUCAUGGUCUGGGUGCUGAGCUUAGCGCUAGAAGAGUUGAGACAGUUCCUUAUCAUAUCAGAGGGGACAUUGAAGAGACGCUGUAAGGUCUUUUUCGAGAACAGAUGGAAUUAUGUUGAUCUUCUGGGGCUGGUGAUGUUUCUACCCGGACUUUUCAUGCGCAUGAACAAAGAUUGGGGGCUGUUGAAUGUGGCGCAAGUCUUUUAUGUGGGGUCUCUAAUUGUCUACUUUGUGCGCUCUACCAGCCUGUUCUCUGUGCACAAUUAUCUAGGACCGAAAAUACUGACCAUCUCAAAAAUGAUCAAAGACGACCUCAAAUACUGGGUCUGCAUUGCACUAGUGUAUCUAGUGGCAUACGGAGUUGCAGUUCAAUCUUUAAUCUACCCAGGAAUCACCGAGCCUUUCGUCAUAAUUUGGGGGGUGUUCUUCCGCUCCUUCUUCGAGAUGUUGGGAGAGCCUACAUUCGAUGACAUAGGAGCUACACACGAUAACUGUUCCAAAGGUGCGGACGCAGAGUGGCCGUUUGAGGACUGUCCCAAUGAUUCGAACACCAUCGUCGCUCUAAUUCUGAAAGCACUCUUCAUGUUGUUCACCAAUGUUCUACUUCUCAAUCUGCUCAUUGCAAUUUUCAACAAUAGAUACAAUGAUGUGAAUAAUGAAAGUACUGUUUAUUGGAAAAUGCAGCAGUUUUUGGUGACUAAAGAAUACUAUAACCGUCCCUGGGUUCCCCCUCCAUUCAUUGUCAUCUCCCACUUACAUACUCUCAGAAUGAGUAUAAUAAAUGGAGAAUUGCCACAACAGAGAAAAAUGACAACAACACAAGAGAAACGCGAGAUGAAGGAGCUGGAGAAUUGGGAAAAAUUCCGAGCCAGAGAUUUUCAGUUACUAGAUGAGAAGCUGUUCCAAGAAAGCAUCGAAGAAAGAUUGAGGAGGACUGAAAGCCGAUCAGUCACAAUCGAAAAAGCACUGAAAGUGUUGAAGGACCAAAACGACGAAUUUGAAUCCAGAAUGGAAGCAACUGAACAGUCAAUAUUGAAGCAGAUCUCGAAAGGCAAAAACAGUCAUUUCAAAAUGGAAGGGGAAGUUGAAGCAAAAUCAGAAGCAGCUGGAAAGUUGUUGGCCGAUCAGAUUUCUGAAGUGAAUGAUAGAUGUCAAAAAAUGGAGAGUAUGUUGAACAUGAUAGCUGUGGGGAUUCGGAAGGACAAUCAGAGCCAACCUGCGGAGAUGACGGGUACAUCACUGGAACGAUGAAGAAACAAAGAAAACUUGAUUGUAGAAACUGUAAAUAAAAAUGAAAUAUUUCGUGGUUUAUUAUAUUAGCCUAGGGUUUAAUAACUUCCAUCUCACAAAUUGAGCUCCCAGUUAUAGCACUAGACCAGGAAACUUGAAUCGACUUUAGGGAGAAAAAUAUACAAGUGGAACUCUGAAACAAAUUUUGCACUGAAAAAAACCUGUAAAUGGAAGAUAAAAUGCCUUUCAAUUUAGCCAUGCACUUUUUGAUCACUAAUAGACUCUGUUAAAACCCUAAUUUCAAAUACCAAAUAAGUGGCUCGCACCAGAGCAAACUUUGAAUGUUUUUAUUCCCCUUCAAGGUGUCUGAGAUGAGUUUGCUUAUUUGCUUAAACACUCGAAGGUGCUAUAUCAGCCUUAUUACACAUACCCUACAGUCUAAUCUGGAUAAAAUUUUAAUUUGAUAAUCUAACAUAAUUUUUCGAGUUUUCUGUACAAAAAAGAUAUGUAAAAUAACUAAUAUUAGAAAAAAAUGUUCUUAUGAAAAGUCUAUUCAGUCUCUCAACCAGUUCAAUCAUUUCCAAUCAUCAGCUCAACUAGUUCACCGCCCGUC